GACACCACAACUCGGCCAAGGUUCCCUGACGCUUGCAGCGGCAUCUGUGCGGAUCGGCCCAGGCCCAGUCACGUUCCCUCCGUGUUUUGGUUUCUUGGCAUCAACCAAGCCUCUCUCACGCCUCUUUCUCGCUGCCACUGCCACUGCCUUUGCUUCCGCUUCUGCCUCUGUCUCUGCCUCUGCCUCAGCUUCCCCAUCUCGUCAACCUCGCUUCCUAUCCUUAAUCCACAGUAAUUUCCUCCCACCCCUCUGGUAGAUCUGCUGCAUCGUCCCCCUUCGCCUGUUCUUUCUGCGUCUUGCAUCUUGCAUCCCGCAUCCGCACCAGCAUCGCCUGAAGUUCCCACCCGCUGCUCCGUCACUGUCCUCCCCCCCCCCCCCCCCCCCCCCAUCAAUCCAACCAACACCCAGACCUUCGACGUCAGUCUUGGCAUCCUCAGCAACUACAUUGGCAUCCCAUCCCGCUCCAUACAGCCCGCGAGCAUUCCAUCACGAGGGUGUGGCCCGUCUUCCGGUCUUUACUAAAUUCAUCGGCUGCCCCCACUGGCGCUACCGCUGCCGCCGCCGUCGCCGCCGACGAUCUGUAACGCUCCUCGCCAGAAGGCCGUCUUUCCACCCAGGACAGAAGACAAAGACGGUAGGGACCCCUCGAGGACCGAAACGAUUUCGCAUUCUACCGUCCCCGCUUGGUAUUCUUUCCUUCUGUCACUUCAUUGAGGAAUGCAAACACUCUUCACUUUGGACCCGACACGCAUGUCCCGGCCUUCACGUCCCGGCCCUCACGAUUGAACCCCCCUCAAAGCCGACGGCCGAACAAGCGAGAGUGAGAGGCCCCCACGGAAAUCCCGGUGCGGAAAUACGACAUUGGCAUUUUGAGCGUGUAUAAGAGAGACGGCCAGAGCAAGUGAGAGUGAGAGUGAGAGAUCACCACGAUACAAGAGUAAAUAUGCCUUAUUAUGCCAGAACCAAGGGCCGGACGCAGGAAAUCCCUCCCGACGGCAGCCGGACACCUCUCUCCGGCGCCCGGUCACCGCUGCCGCCCCGGACACCCCUCGACCAACGACCCCCGUCGCGGUCCCUGCCCGACCUGAGCGCUGAUGUCCGCGCCGCCCUCGAGGCACCUAAGCACGACGACGUCUCCUACCGCCACAGCGUCUGGACUCGCUGCCGAUGCUGCCGCCCUGGCCGCGGGCCUUUCGCCCUGCUGCGCCGUGUCAUACUCGUCCCGCUCGCCGACGUCCUGCAGUUUCUCGAGGCGGCCUCCGAGUCCGUGCCGCCCGUCAUCCCGGCGCUGCUCGCCGCGCUGUUCUUGCUGGUGGCGCUGCCACUGUUGAUCGCCGGUGACUGCAUAUGAGUGGGUACGGGAACCCCAAAAGGCGGGCAGCGCCGUCUGAGAGAUGAGGGGGAGGGGGGUGUUAAUUGUAUCGGGGGCUUUAUUGCAUUGGCGUUAGUUGUUGGUCGUUGCUACAGAGGGCUCUGGGAAGGACCGAGGAACGUCCCGAGGUAAACUCAUAUGCGCGUGAUACCGAGUGCUACGAUAGACUGCGCGAGACCGACUUUCGCUAGUUGUUAUUAUCCCUGACGGCGCAUCAAACAAGCGAGUGGACCGUUUCUGGGACGCGACCAGAUUUGCUGUGUGUCUAUCCUGCCUAUUGUAGGCAGAUACCUCUGUCACGAUGAAUCAAGAGAAUGUGUUCCAACGUACCGACCAGGUUCUGCUCUUCAGGUCCAGCAUGCGUCGAACAGCCUAGGUAACGUCGUGACUAACCAUCAAGGAGAUCCAAUCC